AUGGAUUCCUCUACGUCCGAAUUUACCCUCCCACUUCACAAUAAGCUCGCCAUUGUCACGGGCGCAUCCCGCGGCAUCGGAGCCAGCAUCGCAUGGGAACUUGCACGUCGCGGCGCAAAUGUCUGCAUGACCUACGUCUCUCCCACCAGCGCCCAAGCCAUAACCGACCUCCGCACAAAAAUCACCCAACUUCCCCACGCUCCUAGAACAUGGACCAUCCAAGCCGACCUCUCCACACCCACCGGCGCCUCGGAUCUAAUCUCCCAACUCAAAACCCAAACCACCCCAACUCCCCUCAAAAUCGACAUUCUAGUCAACAACGCUGGCAUCGAAAUCGUCAACCACCUUACUGAAACCACCAUAGAAGACUACGACAAAGUCUUCAACCUCAACGUCCGUGGUACCAUGCUCAUGACGCAGGCCGUGCUGCCGUAUCUCCCACCUGAGGGUCAUGGCCGGAUAAUCAAUUUGAGUUCGGUUGGUGCGCGGUACGGUUUCAAGGGGAUAAGUCUGUAUAUUGCGUCCAAGGCGGCGAUUGAGGGAUUCACGCGCGCUUGGGCGGCGGAGUUGGGUGGAAAUGGGACAACGGUUAACGCUGUGGCGCCGGGGCCGGUGCCGAGUGACCUGCUGGAUAGGAUUCCGAAGGAGAUUGUGGAGGCGCAGAAGGCUACCACGCCGGUGGAGCAGAGGUUGGGGUCCGUGGGGGAAAUUGAGGAUAUGACUGUGGUGACCCGUCCUCCUCGCGACCGUCAUGGCUUCAGGAUCGCCAUUAUUUGUGCUCUUCCCCGGGAAGCAGAUGCAGUGAUCGCGCUUUUUGACCAUCACUGGGAGGAUACCGAGGAAGUGUACAGCAAAGCUUCAGGAGAUCCCAAUGCGUACACUACUGGUGUUAUCGGCGCGCACAAUGUUGUGGUCGCGCAUAUGCCGCAUAUGGGCAAGGUUAGCGCGGCUGGGGUAGCUAUGGGUCUGCGCACCAGCUUUCCAAGCAUUGAACUUGCCUUGGUCGUAGGAAUCUGCGGUGGGAUCCCAAUGGAUCCCCAUAGACAGCGGGAUAUCUUUCUUGGGGACGUGGUCCUCAGCCAAGCAGUGGUGGAGUACGAUUUUGGACGACAGUAUCCAAGUGGCUUCGAGCCAAAGCACGCCCAGACUGAGGGGGCUGGAGGCGGUGUACCUCCCUUAUCUAUCCAAUCUAUUCUGCGAAAGCUGGAAACCGACCACCAUCAUCAACGCCUCGAGGAAGAAGCGAGCACCUGGCUUCAGACGCUGCAGCACCGGCCUAAGUACCAGUAUCCUGGUGGUGAGUCGGACCGGCUCUUCCAACCAUCAUAUCUUCACCGUCACCGUGAUCCAUCCACCUGUAGCGAGUGCUCUGACAAAAAUGUAUGCGCCGAUGCGAUCAGAGCUUCCUGCAGUGAGCUCGGGUGUGACGAGCAUAAUCUGGCGCGUAGGGAAAGGACUGUUACAUGUUCGGAAACCCCGGAAGGCUCAGACCGAGCCAAAACAGGGCCUUCGCUAGCUAUUCACCUGGGUCGGAUGGGCUCUGGCAGUACCGUCAUGAAGUCUGGUAAGCACCGUGACGAACUCGCCCAGCGCGAAGGAAUCAUUGGUCUGGAAAUGGAAGGCGCCGGUGUCUGCAGCUUCUUCCCCAGCCUCGUCAUCAAAGGCGUCUGCGACUACGCAGAUUCGCACAAGAACAAGCUUUGGCAGGAUUACGCAGCAGCCACAGCGGCUUCGUGCACAAAAGCGUUUUUACAGCAUUGGGCAACAGACGCCAUGAGUACGACUGUCAAUACAGCUGCUGGCAGCUGCAGGAGCUCUACGGCCGUGUUCAUGAUGGACAUUCGUAGAGAUGACAGAUUUGUUGGUCGAAAUGAGGUGAUGGAAACAAUGCGAGUCAAAUUGAGCACAGAAAGUCGCUUCGCGCUUGUGGGCCUUGGGGGUAUGGGAAAAACCCGAAUUGCCGUCGAGUAUGCCCUUCACUUCCAGAACUCAGACGUUUCGGUGUUCUGGAUACACGCGUCGACAAAGGCGCGAUUUCUGCAAGCGUACGAUAAAAUCGCCCAAAAGGUCUCUAUUGUCGGGUACAAAGCCAGCGAUCGAGACAGUGCAUACAUGGUCACCGAGUGGUUUGAAAGCGAUGCGAGCAGGCGGUGGCUCAUUGUACUUGACAAUGCCGACGACCACAGCGUGUGGUAUGGAUCAGAUCGCCUAGCGGACCUGCUGCCACGCUCUGGCAACGGGUCCAUACUGCUAACGACGCGUGACAAACGUGUUGGACUCGACUUUGCCGGAUCGCCAUCCAGAUUAGUAUUGUUGGACGGUCUGGAUACUCCUCAUGGUCAAGAGCUUCUGGCCAGCAAGUUGGAAAGCCAGCAAGACCCGGACGCUGCGAAAGACUUAGUUGAGGAGCUUUCAGGUGUCCCUCUCGCCAUUGUUCAGGCCGCGGCAUUUAUGCAGCAUAAUGGUAUUGAUGCAAAUGAGUAUCUGCACAUGUAUCGUGAAAGUCCACAGUGGAAGAUGGACCUGCUGAGCGAGGAGUUCGAGGAUGGUAUCCGGGAUAAGGGUAGUAACAAGAAUCCAAUCGCGACGACAUGGUUCAUCUCCUUUGAAUACAUCGACCGCACAUUCCCUAUUGCCGGUGAAUUACUCAGAAGAAUGUCCCUUCUUGAGUCACAGGCGAUUCCCAUAUUUCUCGUUGUCGAGUCAGAUAAGCUCUCGCCAGACCUCGUUAAGGCUUUGGGAACAUUGCAGGCUUUUUCAUUGAUUACCCCCAGAGCGUCCAAGGCGGGAACGACCAAAGCCGACGCCAAAUAUGACAUGCACCGAUUAGUGCGGCUAGCCAUGCAUAAAUGGCUGGGUCAAAAUGACCAACUGGGGCAAUGGACAGCGACGACGCUCAAGAUUGUGAGUAAGAAAUUCCCAAGCUUUGACGAACUGGGAUGGCGAGUCGCGGAUAGCUGUGUUGCCUGCAUGCCACACGCAGUUGCACUUCUGCAGUCCGAUAUAAUACAGUGCACUGGUGGGGAAGAUAUCCCACCGCCAUUUAUUUCCCAAAAGGAACUUAAAGACCAUGCACCUAAGACCAUCCCAUGUGGUGAUUGCGCUGCAGCUCUGAUGCAGAAGCUGAUGAGGACUUGCUCCACAUCCCAGCGCCUCCAUGACGCGGUCAGAUGGUCGAUGCAGGCCUUCGUAUUAAGAGAGUGGAUUUUUGGCAUGCAGCAGGAAUGCACUAUCCAAGCUAUGAUAGAGGCUGCAGCGGCUUUGUAUGCGAAGAAUGAAACAAAGGAAGCAAAAGAGCUGGGAAGUAAGGCACUGGAAUAUCUUGACGAGAUUCAUCCCAGUCCGGCCCUGCAGGCGUAUAAAUAUGAAGUCCUUGGCUUCCUUCGAAUAGAAACCGGGACGCUAGUUGGGGUUCAUGAUUAUUUCCUUCAGGCACUGCAAACCCGUCUUGAGAUAUACCCUUCUGACCAUCCUCUUGUGCUCGCGUCCAAAUCCCUUCUUGCCAUGUCCUACAUUUGGGAGGGUCUAUAUACAGAAGCAGAAGCAGUCCUGAAGGAGACGCUUUCCAGAUACGAACAGGCUUAUGGGCCAAUGAGCUCACCUGCACUAACUGACAAGCUUAACUUGUCCUGGGUAUACCGAGUAUCAGGGAGAGUGGAGGAAGCCUUGGAAUUGAAUGCAGAGAUCUCGAAAGCGCAUCCCGGCGGCGGUGAACACCAGGAGAAUGGUGAAAUUAUGACCAUGGUUCACUCUGGGGGCCUCCUACAGGAUCUAGGCAGGCCAGCUGCUGCUGUUGAUGUGUUUCACAAAGCUCUGGCACUGAUGCAAGAUUCACAGACAGCAGGUUCUCCCUUACAAAUCGACACGAUCACGGGAUUGACUCAAGCAUUGGUCACCCUAAAACGAUAUGCGGAAGCUGAGCCUCUCUUGGUUCAGCUACUGAAGUCUUACAUCCGACAGGCGGGUGAUCAGGAGCUGACCGUUGUCAUGAUGAGGAAACUGGCUGAGUUUUAUGAGGAAUGGGAUAUGUGCCUAGCGGCGCAGCCCCUUAGGACAAAGGUCGCACAAAUUAACCAGCGUCGUCUAGGCCGUGAGAGUGUACCCGCUUGUCUGAGUCAGUACGAGCUCGGAUUGAAUCUCGUCAAGCAAGGACGGCAUGCUGAGGCAAUGCCAAACCUGUAUACUAAGCUUGAGUACCCUUUUGAGGCUGAGGAUGUGAACCACAGGGACAACCUUGACCGCAUGAUAAACAUCGCAGAUGGAUUUGCGGACUGCGGGAUUGACCGGUGCGAAUAUCUUCGCGUGGCAGAGCGUAUGGCACGCGAUGCUGUGCGGCUGGUCAGACCACGAGCUAAGACCCUGCCAUAUGUAGCCCAGUCGGGCUUCCGGACGCUUGGCUUUGUCUAUAGAGUGCUUGGAAAGGUUGCCGAAGCAGAAGAACAGUAUCAGGAAGCGCUGAACAUACUUCGUGGGCGCAGCCAGAUGAAAUGGCUGGAAUCGGUUGUAAUGGUCCGGUGCUCAUCAGUUUCCCUUCAGCAAGGGCGAUACUCUGCCGCCUUAAGCAUGGCUAAUGAGGCGGCGGGGAAGCUGCAGAGGCAAGCAGAGCCUCGUGAAGAUAUCUUGGCACGCUGCCGCACGAACCUUGCUUUGGCCUAUAUGGAAAUGGGGCGAUAUCGCUCGGCGGGCUCGCUUGUGGUUGACAUUUUGAGCAAGGAGUACGAAGAUGCCUGGGACAUCGAGAAGGCCACUGUGUCCUCUCUCCUCAGGACAGUAUCUAUUAUUGAAGAUGUUGCCAUGGUAUUGAGCAGAGCAGGAUGCUGGCAACAAUCACAGCAUAUUUACGAGAAGACGAAAUCUAUCUUAGCUCAGUUGCUAGGGACGAUGGACAUGCGUACACUGUGGACCUCUUUGCGUCUCCGAGAUACGCUUAAUUUACAGGGCAACUUUAUGGAUGCGUUGGUCCUUAGUCUUGAGUGCAAAGACCGCUACUUGCAACGAGUGCGACAGGAUACCGUGCCCGAGCGGAUGAUGAUAGCUCAACUGGAUAUUGGGCUUGCUCGGGCAUACGAGGGAUUAGGAGAUCACACGACGGCAGAAGCACUUUCACGCCAGGCGUUGAAGACGAUUACCGAUAGUACUGACGAGAAUAGUCCAGAGUCAGUUCGUGCCUCGGCUAUUCUGGCUAGUAUUCUUAUAUCGCAGGGCGGCCCUAAAUUGAUGAAGGGUAGUGCUAUGCAACGUCGUGCUGUGGAGACGUGGACUAUGUUGACGGAGGAGAAUUCUUUACCAGCUCUCGAGGCCAUAGAAGCGGUCGCUCGGACAUGUGAAAUUCAGGGCGAUAAGGAUCAGCUUAAUGUUUGGAGGGAAAAGGCUUCGUCGGUAAAAGAAAGUUUUGAAGAUAGUUUGAGUGAAGAGGAAGAGGACAGGAUUGAGUAUUUGGUGGGACAGGUAUUUGAGAAAUGGGCUGAGAAUGGCGAGGGGGUUAUCAAGGAGAUCGAUCGGCGGAGAACGAAGGUGUUUACGAUGAUGUUGCCAUAG